AGGGGUGGGAGGCCCGGCUGCCGUUACGGGUGGGUGCGGGAGCGCCUCGCUUUCUGUUUCGUCUUUUUCUGCCGCUUCUUUCUGCUGCCUUCUGCACUAGGCGCUGGAGGCUUCGUUUUUUCUCUUCCGGGGGGAGCAACCGGCCGCGGCGUCUCGUAAAUGGCCGUUUCGGAAGGUUCCUUGGAAAUAACACAGAGUUUGGAAGAUGAUCCUCUACUGGAUGCACCACUUAUUUCAUCUCAUACAUUGCAUUCCCAACUGAGGCCAAGAUUUCAUGCUAUCCCAGCAGUUCUCUUUGCCAAUUUUCUGUUGCUAAUACAUGUUGUUUUUGUUGUUCUAGCAUUCUUAGCAGCUAUGUUUUGUUCUUAUCCCAAUCCAAAUCAGGAUAAGUGCCCUGGGAACUAUACUCACCCACUCAAAGUGCAGACUGUCAUAAUUAUUGCAAAAGUAAUUCUGUGGAUUCUGCAUGUUAUUUUUGAACGAUACAUCCAGCACCAUCACAGUAAAGUCAGAAGCAGAGGUUACUUCUCAAUAUACCGAUCAACAAGACAUCUAAAAAGGCUUCCACUGCUGAUACACUCCACAGGUAAUGCAGCCCUGCUUUUGAUUCUGUCAAUGCAGCAUUCCUUUCCUGAUCGCAGUAAAGUGUACCUGUAUCUUAUCCUGGGAGUCCUGGGCCUGGAGCUGAUUAGCUCCCUGACAUGCUUAGUGAUUUACACAGUGAAAAUAAGCAACUUCAAUCGUGCGAAGCCAAGACCUGACAUAAUUGAAGAAGAAAAGAUGUAUGCCUACCCUAGUCACAUUACCUCAGAAAUUGGAUUCAGGGAAAACUCAAGUUUAGAAGAGAUAGUUGAGAAGCAAGGAGAUGUAAUAGAAUAUCUUCAGCGACACAAUGCACUGCUCAGCAAGAGACUAUUGGCAUUAACAUCUCAGCAAAUCAAAACUUAACAGCAUUUGGAAAACUGCUGGAGCUCCAGAGGAAACAUGAGAUAAUGUAAUACUGAGACUGAUUUGUACAGAUGACUCUUCUUCAAUGAUCUUUCACAUUUUGAAAUAGAAGUUAAGCUGGAAGGAUGAGCUCUGCAUGCACUAUAAGCCUAUUAUGACUGGACACUGGCUCUCCAGAUCAUCAGUUCUGAAAAAAGUUCUGGAGCUUCAAGGAUUUGUAAUUACUAAUAGGUUAAAGUUGGACCUGAGGUAAUGGUUUACCUUUGUUCAGUUGUUGUUGUUUUGUACUGUAUCCUUUAAGCUUCAAACUACCAAAGUAUUUUAUAUUUCUAGAAUACAAACUUGUUGUCUAGAAAAUCUGACACUGCAAAGGAUGUCUUUUUGAUUUCUAGUGCUGAAGCUGAGACUAGAUGUGUUCUGUCACUGAGUUGCAUUACUUCCAGCGUUAGAGGUAGCAUACUUCAAUAAUCCUAUACAAAGUGGAUACUUGCUUUCUAGAUCUGUCUCCUUUUUUUGUCAAGAAAAGGAAUUAAACUAUUGCUUGUGCCAGUGGGGAAAUUUGGCAUCCAAUUAAGGAUUUAAAAAGAAA